AUGGAAGAUUUUAAUGAUGAUGAUAUCCGUAUAUUUGUAGGGAAAUUUCAGGAUGAAAACUAGACAUCUAUUCUAGAUUAGAUUAUGAAUCAAAAAGAAUCAUAAGGAUAAAACUGUAAUUCUAUAUUGAAAAAAUUUAGACAAUCAGAGCAAAGGAAUAAUUAAAUAAGCAAAUAAUUCCAAUAUUAAGUAAGCACAUUCAAAAUCAUUGUAGAAUUUCUGUAUAAUAAAAAUUUGCGAUAUGGAGAUUUAGAAAAAUAAAAUCGACAGCUAAUGUCACAAUAAGAAUAAUUUAAGUUGGAUAUCUCACAAUUAUAAGUAAAAUUGAUAGAUCUAGAUUAGGAUUAAACGAAAUCGAGAAAUUAGAAAAAAUAUGAUCUAAUGGAUUAGAUGUAAUAGUUAAAAAGUUAGAUUUAAGUCGAGUAAGUAAUGUCUGACCAAACAGAGAAAACAAAUAUUCAAGAGGUAAUAGAUAAACAAUCAAAAAUAUUUUAGAAAUAAGAUAGCUUGUCAUCAUAAAAUCGAAUUGUAAAUGCUUAGAUUGUUAUGGAAUAAGAAUAAAAAAUAGUAGAUUUAGAAAAAUUAAAAAUAGAGCUCGAACAGAAAAUAUCAGAACUGGAUCUGUAGAUAAAAAAAUCUCAUUGCAAAUUUCUAAACUAGAAAAGGCAAUUGAAUUUGAAAAAUAAUGUAUAAAUAUAACUUAUACAUUGUAAAGAAAAUGCAACUCUGUAGGAGGAAUUGAGAGCUGCGAAAGAAAAUAUAGGAGUUGAAAGCGGGGUUAAUUAAAUGAAUAUAGAUGAAUUGAGUUUAAGAGAAAAAAACCUUUAAUUGACAAGAGAUUUGUAAGCAGCUAAGCAAUAACUUGACAUUGCCAAAAACACAUAUGAAAAAUAAAUUACUCAAUAAAGAAUUUAAAUUGAAAAUUAUGCAAAGACAAACUUAGUGAAGGAAGAUUAGGUUCUUUAAUUAUAAAAAACGUUAUAAUCAACGCUUGAAGAAAAGGAAAACUAUAAAAAACAAUUAGAAAAAAUGGCUGAUAGUAAGAAUUUGGAUGGAGAGUCCACAUUAAAAGAGUGUAAAAUAAAAUUAAGAAAAUAUGAAGGUUUGUUAUAAUAGGCUAAUGCAGAAAUAGAAAUAAAAGCCAUAUAAAUUCAAGAAUAACAUUCUAAUUAGCUGAUAGAUAUCAUUAAUAUCAUUGAAAGUUAUAAUAAAGAGAAUCUUUAAAUAAAUCAAUAACUAGAAUAAUAAAUUUAAUUGGUUGAACAAUUAAAAAAUUAAAAAGAAAAUUAGCUCGGGAUUUCUGAUUAAAAUAAAUGUAAAGAAUUGGAAGAGUAAAUUAAUAAAUAGAAAAUGACAAUUUAGAGACAAAAAAAAUAAAUUGAAUAACUUGAAAAGUAGAAUAAUUCAAAAGUUGAAUCUGAAUAGCAGACAUAAAAUGAGAAGAAGACUCAAAAUUUAGAAGACUAAAAUGUUAUUGAUAACCUAAAGAACAUGCUUCAAUAGCUAUACACAAAGAUAAAAUAUUAGGAUUAAAUUUCAUAAAAAGAUGACAUUCAAAUCAGAGAAUAGCAAUAAUAGAUUUUGGAGAGAGAUGAAUGGAGAAAACAUUUUGAAGAGUCAAAUAGUAUGAUAUAAAACACAUCCUCAAAGAUACUUUUCUAUAAAUAAGAGAUUGCUCAAUUAAAUAUAAGAUAAUUAAAAUAAAUAAUUAUUAUCUUAAUAUUAAGCUUAAAUAUAAAAUGA